CACAGACACACACACACACACACAUAGACACACUGAUAUCGUAGCUAGGUGGAGUUUCACACCAGUGACCUCUGACACGAUAACAGUCGUCAGACCUGUGGGAACCUGCUCAGGUUGCGAGUAGCUGAAACCUAGAAGAGGUGGAGGGGGCUGUUUUGGUGGCGCCUGGUUCUUCGGCAGUCCUCCAGCGUAUGGGAAGCCCUGCCUGCCACUGCCGCCCUGCCGCUGCCAACCUGCUACUACUGGAAAGCAGAGGGGAACUCUUCAGACCACAAACCCCCUUCUCUUCUCUUCGCAACAGGAGCUGUGUUGGAGUGACCAGCUGCAUGUGAGGAAGGCAACGGAGGGAUGGAGAGGAGGAAGAAGGGAUCCCCGCUGAUACAGAGGAGGAGUGUGCGUGAGCGCAGCCCUGAGACCAUCCCUCGACCGGGAGCCGCAGCAGCAGCAGCAGCAGCGGGAGCGGGCACAGGAGCGGGCACAGCAGCGGGCGCAUCACAGGUGCCAGGCCAUAAAGAGCCCUGCAAACCCAGCCCAGAUGCCAACCCCAUCUACGACUUCAGGCCCGCGCCCCCGUCCCCGUUUGCAGACGGGCCGAUGGUGGCACCUGCAGCAGCAGCAUGCAUGGAUAGUGAUGCCAGCGUGGUGCCAACCGCGGUGGGGGUGGGAGUGGGGGUGCCAGUAGGGAUGGGGGUGGUUGGGCGGAGGCCCUCACUCCGCACCGUCCACUUGCCCCCGCUGGCCUUGAGGCAGGCGGAGCAGCAGAGCGACUGGGGUGGGGGUGUGGGUGGGGGUGGUGGUGGUUCCCAUACGCUCCCCAAACCCAAACGGCCCACCAGCCUGGCCCUCCACCCUCCUCCACUCAUCAACAUCACCUCAGCAGCCGACAUGAACAGCUUCGAUGUGGACAAUGGGCCGGUGUCGGGCCGCAGUCCGCUGGACGCCAUGUGCAGCCCGGGGUCGGGGCUGGUGCUGCAGGCCAACUUCGCCGCCCACAACCAGCGGAGGGAGUCCUUCCUGUACCGCUCCGACUCCGACUACGACCUCUCACCCAAGACCUUAUCCCGAAACUCCUCCAUCGCCAGCGACAUGCAACAGCAGUACCAGCAGAGGCCGGGCCUGGUCUCGCGGAGGUCUGAACCGGUCAUAAGUGGGACCCAUGGGGAUGACCUCAUCGUGACGCCGUUUGCACAGGUGCUGGCUAGCUUGAGAACAGUACGGAACAAUUUUUCAGUGCUAACGAACAUUCAGCAAGACAGAACGUCGACAAGCAACAGGCGGACACCUCUGUGUUCUAUACCCCCAAAGUCAUCUCUCACAGAUGAGGCGUACACGCGCAUGGCGUCGGAGACGCUGGAGGAGCUGGACUGGUGUCUGGACCAGCUGGAGACGCUGCAGACCAGGAACUCCGUCAGCGAGAUGGCCUCCAACAAGUUCAAGAGGCUGUUGACCAGGGAGUUGAGUCACCUGUCGGAGACGAGCAGGUCUGGAAACCAGGUGUCUGAAUUCAUCUCCAACACGUUCCUGGAGAAGCAGCAGGAGUUGGAGGUGCCCUCUCCGCCGAGCUCCAAGGAGAAGGGGGAGAAGACCAUGAGCCUGAUCAGCGGCGUCCGCAAGCUCACACACAGCUCCAGCCUGUCGCAUAGCAACAUCCCCCGCCACGGAGUCAACACACACCACGAGGAAGCCUUAGCCAAGGUCUAA